AUGAAAUAUUGCAGUGUCCUAUACAAAGAUACCACCAAGUUUCAAGAUGUGGCACUUUUAGACACAAAGCACUUUGGAAAGGUUUUGGUGAUUGAUGGAAAAAUGCAGAGUGCUGAAAAUGAUGAGUUUAUAUACCAUGAAAGUUUGAUCCAUCCUGCUCUCUUACUUCAUGACAAUCCCAAAACAGUGUUUAUUAUGGGAGGUGGGGAAGGAUCAGCUGCAAGAGAGGCUCUUAAACAUUACAGCAUUGAGAAAGUU